CAGUAUUGGUUGAGAGUAUCAGCGCAAUACUAAAAACAAGGCGGAUUCUCUGUGUCUGGUUCUUUAUAAAUGUAUUUUUAUUGCAUGCCUGAAGAUACGUGCAAGGAGUAAGUGAUUUAAAUGUGUGUUUAUGCUAAUGCUGUAUAAUAUUUAACAUCAACAGACUGAGCAAGUUCCAGGUCUAUCGCCGGAGAUAUGGCAGAUGACGCUCUGUUUGAAUUCCUCCACAUGGAGAUUGUUGCUCACGUGUACAAGGAACAGGCAACUCGGGAGGACAUUGAUAAGAGAGUGACGUGUGUCUCUACUCUAGAGUUGAUGGGCUUCAGAGUUGGACAAGGACUGAUUGAAAGGUUUACAAAAGACUGCCCCACUUUCAAAGAGGACUUGGACAUAAUGAAGUUCCUGUGUAAAGACCUCUGGAGCACUAUCUUCAGAAAACAAAUCGACAACUUGAGGACCAACCAUCAGGGCACGUAUGUCUUACAGGAUAAUAAGUUUGCACUACUGACUCAGUUUUCCACUGGAAAGCAAUACCUUGAAGAGGCACCUAAAUACUUGGCCUUUUCCUGUGGGUUGAUUCGAGGAGCUCUGUCUAAUCUGGGCUUGGAGAGUGUUGUCACUGCAGAGGUUUCUUUAAUGCCAUCAUGCAAAUUCCAGGUUGUAAUUCAGAAACUCUAGGAUGGACUAAACAAGCUCUGAACAACAGUGGUUCUUCAGUUAAAUCUUUGUGAAUGUGAAUUACAUGGAGCUAGAUUUUAAAUGUUUACAACAUUCUUUUGAUAUAAUGCUGUUUGCAGUUUCAAGGUACAUUUGAGCGAGACAGCUUCCAUGUAUUUCACAGUUUUUUCCUCCAUACCGCUUAAAUUCAGAGACUUGACCUGUUUGGAAAUAUUCUGAAUGUCGUAUUCUACCUCGACACCACUUAUUACAGACUAAAUUACUGUCACUGAUAAUCAUGGAAACAUAUUUUCAUACAUAUGACAUUUCAUAACUUUUGAAUGUUUCAUAACCUCACAACUUCACUUAACAUGUUUAUGUCCAAUUUUUUAUACUCCUUUGGCUGGAUAAGAAAAAAAAAAUUGGUGUUAUUUUUUAUUGUAAAAGUAAAUUUAUUUCUUUAUAUUUGGGACCGUUAAUAUCUAUAGUUAACUCAACCCAGUUAUCUAAAACCAUAAUUUAGUAUUGACACAUCUGAUUUAUUGUUUGGAAAAAAAAAAAUAUAUAUAUAUAUUGAUAAUCAUCGGAGAAAAUUUAUGGAUUCUGGAAAAACCGCUUUCUUAGUUUUAGAAACAUAUUUAUGGUUUGGGUAUGUUGGAUAAAUUGAGGCAUAUGACUUAAAUGAUGAAGUUACAAAUUCUUGAUUUCACCAGAAGAGGGCAACCUUUGUCAAUCAGACACAUGUCAUAAAAGCACAUUAAAAACAAUAUUUGAUCAUGAAA